AUGGCGGUAGAACCAUCAUCGAUCCCGGCUUCUGAGCCCUUCGCCCCGGCGCAGAGACUGUCCAUCCUCCACGGCCCCCGCGACCCCCCUCUGGUUGAUCUCAGCCUGGGAGAGCUUCUGGAGCUCCAGACCUACCAGCACGGCACAAAGGAAUGCCUGGUCAUUCCAUGGACCGGUGCACGAUGGACGUACAACGAGCUUAACCAGCAGAGCUUGCUGCUCGCCCAAGCACUGUUGAAGAUGGGCAUCAAGUCUGGCGACAGAGUGGGCGUCAUGGCCGGCAACUGCGAGCAAUACGCGGCCAUCUUCUUCGCCGUGGCGAGAAUCGGCGCCAUCCUCGUCAUCUUGAACAACACGUACACGCCCAGCGAGGCCAUGUACGCUGUUGAUUUCUCAGAAUGCAAGGUCCUGUUCACGACCAAGCAGAUCGGCAGACUCGACAACACAAGAUUCCUGACCCAAUUGGCAAAUAAGGUCAACCGGCCCAAGGUUAUCAUGAUUCGGGGUGACACGAGCGGGUACGAGACAUACGACGAACUCAUCAAGUCAAGCUCAAGGCAGAGCCCGAGAGAGCUUCACCUCGCCAUGAGCAAGGUGGUUCCGCACCAAGUCUGCAACCUCCAGUUCACCAGCGGCACUACUGGUCGUCCCAAGGCUGCCAUGCUCACUCACCACAACGUCGUCAACAACGCCCGCUUCAUUGGUGACCGCAUGCGCCUGAGCCCCGAGGACGUGCUCUGCUGCCCCCCUCCCCUGUUCCACUGCUUCGGCCUCGUCCUCGGUCUCCUGUCUGUCAUCACACACGGUGCCAAGAUUGUCUACCCGGCCGAGGUUUUCGACACAAAGGCGACGCUGAAGGCCAUUCUCGAGGAGGAUUGCACAGCGCUUCACGGCGUGCCCGCCAUGUUCGACUCCCUGUUCCAGGCGGCGCCCGACGACUUCAGAUCUUCAAAGAUCCGCACCGGUAUCGUUGCCGGCGCCCCCGUACCCCGGUACUUGAUGGAGUUGAUGGUCAACCGUCUCGGCAUGCGGGAGUUUACCAGCAGCUACGGACUCACCGAGGCCUCGCCCACGUGCUUCAACGCCUUCACGGAUGACGCUCUGGGCAAGAGACUGACGACUGUGGGCACGCUCAUGCCCCACGCGUCGGCCAAGAUUGUCGAUAGAGACGGCAACAUCGUGCCCAUGGGCCAGCGCGGCGAGCUGUGCAUGGCCGGCUACCAGCUGCAAGCCGGUUACUGGAACAACUCGGAGAAGACCAACGAGGUCAUGGUCCGUGAUGCCGCCGGUGUCUUGUGGCUCCACACUGGUGACGAGGCCGUCUUCGACGACGACGGCUACUGCUCAAUCACAGGACGUUUCAAGGACAUAAUCAUCCGAGGCGGUGAGAACAUCUACCCCCUGGAGAUCGAGGAGCGCUUGAUGGCCCACCCGUCCAUCUCGCAAGCCAUCGUCGUCGGCCUCAAGGACGAGCAUUACGGCGAAGUAGUCGGCGCCUUUGUGCAGCGGGCCGAGAACUCGGAAAAGCCGACGUUCCAGGAGCUCAAGGACUGGGUGCGCGAGCGCCUCGGCGGGCACAAGAGCCCGGCGCACAUCUUCUGGCUCGGCGAGGAUGGCGUGCCAGCCAACGUGCCGCUGACAGGCAGCGGCAAGGUGCGCAAGUUCGAGAUGGCAAAGGUCGGCGACGAGCUCCUCAAGAAGAGCAGGACCGUCUCUGCCAAGUUGUGA